GAUAAAGAAAACAGUUUGAAAAUAUUCACUAAAAUCAAUUCGCUAAUGCCGUUGUAAAUGUAUUUAAUAAUAAUUUGAAGCGGGGCAGGGACAGCACAACCUCCUAUUGAUCAACUCAGUAUCAGGAAAACGAACAGCCUUGGUGAAAAUCAAAAAGAGAAAAUGGCAGAACUUAGUUUGGGAAUUCUAAUUGACAUUGUUGAUGAAGAAUGGAUGAGAGACACUCUCCCUGAUGAUGAUCUUCCACUGCCGCCAACACUGGUUGUAAGGACAGAUGAUACUGAGGACUCAAAUCAGGAGACUCAACAAGUUAACGUGGAUGCUUGGCACGAUCUUGCCUUGGGUCAAGAAUAGAAGUUUCAUUUACUUUUGUGUUAUGCUUUGUUGUUAGUGAGUAGGAUGAUGCUUCUUGUUUAAUGAAUUCAAAGUUUAUAAACAUGUUAAGGUGAUAUUAAGGAAUUGUUCAAAGUUUAUAAACCUGGUAUGGUAUUUACUGAAUUGUGUCAUUGCUGAAUACUAUUUGUUUUGCUGUCA